AUGUUUCCCACAUUCUCGGGAAACUCUCGGCGGCCGCGAAAUGUCAACAUGAGCGGCCAGAAGAACCUCAACCCUUGGUCGCCCAGCAGCUCCUCCAACGCCUCCAAGACCGUUGCUGACGCCCAGGCCGAACGCAACAAGCGACAGCUCGAGAGGGAGAAGCUCAAGGCCGCACAGUCAAUACAGAAGACAUGGAGGGGCCAUGCUUCGAGGAGACGUCUGAAGGACAAAAGACGCGAGGCCCUCGACGCCCUUUACAACGACUCGUCGCGGACCGACCCCCGAACAAGGGCAGCCGAAGCCCUCCCUCUUGUGCUUGCCGCCCUCGAUCCUCGGAUGCCCGACGACCGCAUGCGACUUGAGCGUUUCUCCCAAGACCUCCUUCAAACUGAUUGCUCCCUUCUCAGAUCCGGGGAGACAGCAAACAGUUCACAAAUAAGGAGGUUAACAAGACAUCUACUCGUCUUCCUGCAGAGCUCUGGCUACAGUCAAGUUUCCCGCUCAAACUUGGAAGUGGUGAUACGAAUCCUCUCCACAAGAUUCGAAUCCGCCCGCGAUAACCUGGACAGCCUCUUCGAAAUCAUCGCCAAUUACUGUCGCAACGAGGAAAUCAGAGAUACCGAGAGCCUCUCGUUACUGGAACAGGCGAUCUUGAUACCUAUAGCCCAGGACCGAGAACGGCAGGCCUCGAAUGCAUUUGCUCUGUGCUUCCUGACUCAACCAAACCUCAAGUUGUUCGAGGGCAAUGUUGGUGGUUUUGCGGAGCGGAUCGACACAGAGAAGGUAUCAUCUGGCAUUCUGGAAGCUUAUACCGCUGGUUGGGCCUCAAAACAGCAGACAGAUUCGAGAUUAUGGCUCUUGGCCCAUUUCAUCGCCCUGGGGAAUGCCACGAGGGACUCCUCGCUCGGACCAUCGUACUUGCAUGCUCUGUACAUCCAGCUCUCCAGCCUGCACAUCGAGUUGAAGAAGUACCACAUUGGACACACAACGACAGAUUCAGCCACUACCAAGAAACGCCUCCCAUCUUUCAUAGAACAGUCUAUCCAGUCUCUGGUUGAGAAGGACGAGAUCACUCAUGUUUUGGAAAGAUUUACAAGCAACUUUGCCGGCUCUUCACAAGAGGAAUCCGACGAGGCCAGCCUGCUUGCGGCAUACAUUCUUACCUUGAUCCGUUGUUUCCCGGCCCUCAGCGACGACAUCCGCAUGAGGCUCUAUCUCGCCGACAUACCCUCAUACCCAAAUUCGGUAAAGUUCUUCUGGAAUGCUAUGGCCCGUACAAAGACCUUUCUGAGUGUCAUGUCGGACGAGCGAGGCAGCACUCUCGAUCUCCUGCAGGGCAAAAAUUCGAAGCAGCUUGCCCCAACCAAGGGCGGUGCGGUGUGGGACCGCGAAUGGAGGACCAUCUUACUUUUCCUCGAACUCUACGUUUUUGUCCUACGGCUCACAGAUGACGAGGACUUCUUUUUCCCACUUGGCCCCGCGAAUGUCCAGACACUCGAGGUGUCCCGCUUGCGACAGUGUAUGCUUGACUUGGAGGAGCUCAAAAGCUUGACGCUGUUCCUGAGGAAUCUUUCUUUUACGCUGUACUACAACGCAAAUGACCUGCGUCAGCAUGCCUCGAGACACACCUCGCGUGUGAACAAGAAUGCGCAGGAUUUAUUUGGUUCCCAGUGGAAGGCGCUGCACGAGUCGAGCACGACACAAGAGACAUACAGCGUGGUUUCGGGUGUGGACUUCGAUACGUUCAGGGGAACCGUGACACAAGCUAUGCGCAUGGUUUAUGAGCGUGACUCUCGACGAGGAUUCCUGCCUCGCGACCACUGGCUCAUGACCUCUAGAUUUGAUAUGGAGGGGUUCAAGUCUGCUGUUGUGGCCGAGGACCAGAGGCAGCGGGAAAUCCAAGAUGCCGAAAGUGAAGACGAAGACGUCAAUUUUGAGCAGGACAGCGACAGCGACGAACAGGACUCGUACAUAACUCCGGCUUAUACGACCCAAGCCGCGCGCAACGCACGGCUGGAGAGGAUGAGGGCAGCUCACAAACAAGAACAGCGGAAGUUACAGGUUGCGACUGUCGCGCCGAAGCUUGAAAUCCUGCGCAACAUGCCUUUUGUCAUACCUUUCGACACGCGAGUCAAGAUCUUCCGCGAGUUUGUGUUCCUCGACAAGAUCAGGCGGAGAGAUGGCCACGUCGAAGCAGACCAGUGGCGCAUGAGUCUGAUGCACACCAUGCCGUCGCCAAAUAGAGCUCAGGAGGUUCUCGGGCGCCACACGGCCAAGGUCCGCCGGGGACGGGUGUUCGAGGAUGCAUACGAGCAGUUCUACGAGCUGCAGGACGGCCUCAAGGAGCCGAUCCAGAUCACGUUUGUUGACCAGUUCGACAUGGCCGAAGCGGGCAUCGACGGCGGGGGCGUUACCAAGGAGUUUCUCAUGAGCGCCACCACAGAAGCCUUCUCGGACGAGCAGGGCUUGUUUGUCGCCAACAGCCAGAACUCUCUCUACCCCAACCCGUGUGCCAUCGAUCAACGGCAAACUAAGCUUCGCGAGACAGGAUUAACCCCCGAUUCGCCGGAAUGGAGGGAGGCUAUGACGAAUCUUCUGGAGCAAUACGAAUUCCUCGGGCGCAUAAUCGGCAAGUGCCUGUACGAGGGAAUCCUAAUUGACGUCGUCUUUGCCGGCUUCUUCCUGCUCAAAUGGGCAGCAUCGGCGUCCGACGCAGGGUACCGCGCGAACAUCAACGACCUGAGAGAGCUCGACCAGGACCUCUAUGCGAACAUGAUGAAACUCAAGAACUACCCCGGCGACGUGUCGGAGCUCGGGCUGGACUUCACCAUCGACGACCAGAUCUCCAUGCCGGACGAGCCGGUCCGCAUUGCGACCCGCAAGCUCGCGCCCGACGGUGACAAGAUGACCGUCACCAAUGAGAACAAACUCCUAUAUAUCAACUACGUGGCACGGCACCGGCUGGUCGCGCAGCCCUCGCGGGUGACACGGGCGUUCCUCCAGGGCCUGGGCGCCAUCAUCGAGCCGGCGUGGCUGAGCAUGUUCAACCAGUCGGAGCUGCAGCGGCUCGUGGGCGGCGACUCGACCGAGAUCGACCUCGAGGACCUGCGGCGCCACACCAUCUACUCGGGGCUGUACCAGAUCGGCGACGACGGCGAGGAGCACCCCGUCAUCAAGAUGUUCUGGGACCUGCUGCACAGGCUGCCCGACCGCAACCGGCGCGCCGUGCUCAAGUACGUCACGUCGACGCCGCGCGCGCCGCUGCUCGGCUUCGGCCAGCUCAAGCCCGCGUUCAGCAUCCGCGACGGCGGGUCGGACCCCACGCGGCUGCCGAGCGCCAGCACCUGUGUCAACCUGUUGAAGCUCCCCAUGUACCGCACGGAGAAGGAGAUGGAGGAGAAGCUGCUGUACGCGGUGCUGUCUGGUGCUGGGUUCGAUCUGAGCUAG